AUAUAAAAAUGAAAAAUCCCCAAAAGCGGGAGAGUGGCCAACUGAACUGACCCAACGGGUUUAGAUUCCGUCCAAUCGUGGCCGUUGAUCUUUUUUUACUCCGUCGGAUCUCUGCUGUUCGUUCACGGCGGUUGCUCUCCGCAGGGCUCCGCCGUCCAGUUUCCGAUCCCGGGACAUCUGAUGGUUCUCCGAUGUAGCGAUUUUUCUUUGUUUUGAACUCUGCAUCUCAUCAAUGAAUAGCUGUUCCGAUGUGAGAAUCACAGGCACAUUUUGCAGUUGACUGGUUUAAUUAUGAUCACUCACUACACAACAUUUUCACUCCAAUUGCCAGCAUUUGAAUUAGGCAUCUGCCUGAGAGAAAAGCUCUCUGCUGCCACCACCUCUGCUGCUGGCUUUAAACAGUUCACCUCUUCCUUUCAUGUCUCCUGAUCUGGGCCUCAUACAUACAUCCUACACAUAACACUGAUGGCAGCUGCAACCUUUAGAGGACCUCUUGGUGGCGAGUGUGGUGGUAAUGAUAGAAUGGAAAGAAAACCUUCUCGGAGGCGACGUGUAUUUGUACAGACAGAAUCUGGCUGUGUUUUGGGUAUAGAGUUGGACCGGUGUGACAAUGCCCACACAGUGAAGAGGAAGUUACAGGUUGCCCUUAAUGUCCCAACAGAGGAAAGCUCAUUGAUUUGUGGUGAUACAGUGUUGAAGAAUGAUCUGAGUGUUGUUAGAAAUGAUUCUCCACUUCUUCUUGCCAGGAACUUCUUGCACAGAAGCUCGUCUACACCUUGUCUCUCACCCACUAUGAGAGGUGAUCUUCAGCAGAGGGAUCAGGGCAGCCCUAUCGAGAUAUUAGGGUGCUCAAAUCAAUCUUCUACAAUGAAAGAACUGGUUGAGGUCAUUGCAAAGGCAAUAAAAGCUGGUGUUGAUCCGACUCCCAUUUGUAGUGGGCUUGGAGGUGCUUAUUAUUUUAGAAAUUCCCUUGGUGAAAAUGUUGCUAUUGUGAAACCAACUGAUGAGGAACCUUAUGCCCCAAACAACCCAAAAGGUUUUGUCGGUAAAACCCUUGGGCAAUCUGGCUUGAAACGUACGGUGCGGGUUGGAGAGACGGGAUAUAGAGAAGUUGCGGCUUACCUUCUUGACCGUGGCCAUUUUGCCAAUGUGCCCUCUACUGCCCUUGUGAAGAUCACACAUUCUGUUUUUAAUGUUAAUGAUGAGGUGAAUCGUUAUUGUAUGCAACUAAAUAGGAAGCAGGUCAGCAAGAUAGCAUCUCUUCAGCAGUUUAUUCCUCAUGAUUUUGAUGCUAGUGAUUAUGGUACUUCUAGUUUCCCUGUUGCUGCUGUGCACAGGAUAGGAAUUUUAGAUAUCCGAAUUUUAAACACAGACAGACAUGCAGGAAACCUUCUUGUUAGGAAGCUUGAUGUGGUGGGGAGGUUAGGUCAGGUGGAGCUUGUUCCCAUUGAUCAUGGCCUUUGCUUACCCGAGAGCUUGGAGGACCCAUACUUUGAGUGGGUCCAUUGGCCCCAGGCAUCAAUCCCUUUCUCUGAGGACGAGCUUGAGUAUAUAGAUCAUCUUGACCCGUUCUCGGAUUCUGAAAUGCUUAGAAUGGAGCUGCCCAUGAUUCGAGAGGCAUGUCUUAGGGUCUUGGUCCUUUGCACAACUUUCCUCAAGCAAGCAGCAGUUUUUGGGCUCCGUCUUGCUGAAAUUGGUGAGAUGAUGAGUAGGGAGUUUUGGGGCCAUGAGGAGGAGCCAAGUGAGCUUGAGCUAAUAUGCAUGGAGGCCAGGAAACUGUUAGAAGAGCGGGAGACAUCAACUUCUGAGGUGCAAGCAGGAGAAAAGGAUGAGUUUCAAUUUGACAUAGAUUACAAGGAAGAGGGUUUGGGAUUAGCUUCAAAUAUGAAAGAGAAACUGACUACUGAAACAACAUUUCAUUUGGGAUCAAUGGGCGGGAAUGGCCAAAAUAUACUCUAUAAGUUAGAUGAGAGUGUUGAGGAAGAGGAGGUGGUAGAUUUUGAUGGGGAUGAAUUACCUCAAAGGGGAGAUGAACAUGCUGGCCUUAUGCGGGACAGGAAUCUAAAUGUUUCGAAGCUGUCGAUGUCUAUGAAAAACAUCAGUGUUCGUGAGAAGAGCUGGCGACACUCGGGUGGAGUAAAAAAAUGCGGGUAUUUGGCUGGUACAUCAUCUGGAAACAGGAGUGUGAAUGAGCAGCUGCCUGCAAGCAGUAGCUUCGUAAAGUUGGCAGAUAUGAGUGAAGAGGAGUGGUUGCAGUUUCUUGAGAAUUUCCACAGGUUGCUUUACCCGGCUUUUGCUAAUCACAAAUCAGGGAGUCUCGGUCAAAGACAAAGACAGAGACUUGGGACAUCUUGUCAGUUUUGAGGCAUUUUAUGAGAUCAAAAGUAUGGGAAUAUGGUAGAACUACAUUGCUUAGAAUGAUAUCGGAGCCAAAGAGCUCUAUGGCAGACUUCUUGUCAGAUAAAUAAAACUCUCGGCACUGGCUAAUGCAAGCGAGUGCACUGGCUAAUGGGAAUGAAGAACACGCUGUCAUAUGGUUGGUGUAUAAAUUUUUCCACCGUUGGUCUGUAUACAACUCCACCCGACCCCCCCACCAAAAAAAAAAAAAAAAGACUGGACAAUGUUGAAUAAAUCAGAACAUAACUAUCAAUCUUUUAUGUUAUCUUGCUAUGUUGAAGAUGCAAACUAUGUGAGCUUGCUUUUUCUUUGUAUUGGAUUCUGAAAUGCUUUAUGCUAAUUCUAAUUCAUUCUACUUUUUUCCACUUAA